GGCGACCCGUCCGAGGAUCGGCGUUCUCGUUUCUCUGCAAUGCAGAAGCAAGGUUGUUUCCUGGUUUUAAGAUUGAUGUUGGUUGUUGAAACGACCUGCGGUUUAGGUGAAUGCAUCUUAGACAAGUCAGCAUCUCUAAUAAAUGUGUGAGUGUCAGGCUAAAACGUCGGAUAAGAGAGAAGCGGACCGUUUGGUAGAGAAUACGCGAGCUGUGUGGGUUAUCACAUCGAGAUGGGUUUUGGGGAGGACCUGUGGUGCCCACAGGCGCACGCCUCCCUCAUGAGGCUGCAGGACUCGGAGCUGCGUCUCAUGGAGGUCAUGAAGAAGUGGAUGAGCCAGCGGGCCAAGAGCGAGCGGGAGUUCUCGGCCCAGCUGCACCAGAUGGCGUCUAUGGUGGAGAGGCUGGACGGGCCCCAGCCGGGCGGGGGGCUCGACUACAUCAGCCAGCUCAACAAGUCGUGGGGUGUGCUGGUGUCUCAGACAGAGGGUCUGAGCCGAGUGAUGCGUCGGCGGUCGGAGGACUUGUUGACUGGGCCCGUCAGCAAGCUGACCCUGCUCAUCAGAGACAAGCAGCAGCUCAGGAAGACCUACGGAGAGCAGUGGAGCCAGCUCAGCCUGGAGCUAAGCAGGGUGACCCAGACAGACCUGGAGCGACUGAAGGCUAGCUACAGGCAGGCUGGGAGGGAAGCUGCCCAGGCCAAGAAGAAACACCAGGAGGCCAGUAAAGAUAAAGACCGUGAGAAGGCUCGGGAGCGCUACGUCAAGGCUACCCUGCGUCUCCACGAGGUCCACAAUGAGUAUGUGCUGUCUGUAAGAGCUGCCCAGGUGUAUCAUCAACACCACUACAGCCAGACCCAGCCAGCCCUGCUCAGCGCACUGCAAAACCUGCAACAGGAGAUGGUGCUUGUUCUGAAGGAGAUCCUGCAGGAGUACUUUGACAUGUCCAGCCUGCUCCACCAGGAGGUGUUGUCCAUCCAUAGGGAGAUGUCCACGGCCCUGAAGGCUAUUGAGCCUGAGAAGGAGUAUGAGAGCUUCAUUCAGCAGAAUAGGUCUGUUGGGGAGCUUCCAGUGUGUGUGGAGUUUGACUGUGGCCUGCUGGAGGACACAGACUGGCUGACUGCUGGAGAGCUGGAGAUGAAUGAGCUCACUGUAGAGGGGAUCCAGCACAAGCUGACUGCGGUGGAGGAGGAGCUGCUGUCCCUGGCUGGCUCUGUGGGCUGCCAGCAGGCCUAUGUGAACCAGCUAGAGCUGGAGCUGGAGGCUGAUGAGGAGGACAUCAGGAAGGGACAGAGAGUGUACCAGUUCAGUAAGAGACAUGCACUGGAGGAGAGUCGCCAGCAGGUGGCACUGUCCCUGGGAAUGCGAGCCAGACUGGAGGCCCAGAGGAUAAUGCUGAAGGGGAAGCUGGAGUGGCUGGGGGCCCGAGAUGCCCCACCUGCCCAUGGCAUGGUGGAGGACAGGGCCUCCCUCUCCCCCAGUGAGAAGGAUGGAUCCAAGGUUUCCAUCAGCAUGGAUGGGAUCAUGAACCACCUCAGUAACAUGUUCAAACCCAAAUACAUGGUGCCGCCCGCGGUCGUGGCGGUGCCGGAGGUGGAGCGGCCUCUGGCCCAGCAGGCCUGGUACCACGGCGCUGUCCCCAGGCUGGAGGUGCAGCAGCUGCUGCACAGCGACGGGGACUUCCUGGUCCGUCAGAGCCAGGGCAAGCAGGAGUACGUCCUCUCAGUCCACUGGAAGGGAUCCUGCAGACACUUCCUCAUCCAGAAGUCUGAAAAUAUAUACCGUCUGGAUGGAGAGGGUUUUCUAAAUGUCCCUCUGCUGAUGCACCAUCUGGUGUCCUCCAAUCAACCAAUCACCAAGAGGAGUGACAUCAUCCUGAGGAGACCUAUCCUAAAGGACAAGUGGGUUCUGGAACAUGAUGAUGUAAUCCUGGGUCAAAGUAUUGGCCGGGGUAACUUUGGAGAAGUGUACAGUGGCCGUCUACGUUGUGAUAACACCCCUGUGGCUGUGAAAGCCUGCAGGGAGAACCUAGCCCCAGAACACAAGAAUAAGUUCCUAAUGGAGGCUCGGAUCCUGAAGCAGUAUGAUCAUCCCAACAUUGUGAAGCUAAUUGGUGUGUGCACACAGAAUCAGCCCAUCUACAUCAUCAUGGAGCUGGUCCAGGGGGGAGACUUUCUGUCCUUCUUGCGCAGUGAAGGUCAAAAUCUGAAGUCAAAAAUGCUGGUUAAGAUGGCGGAGAAUGUGGCCGCAGGCAUGGAGUACCUGGAGAGCAAAAAGUGCAUCCAUCGUGACCUGGCGGCGAGGAACUGUCUGGUGGGCGAGAAGAGCCUGGUGAAGAUCAGUGACUUUGGGAUGUCGAGGGAGGAGGAGGACGGGGUGUACUCCUCCACUGGGGGUCUCAGGCAGAUCCCCAUCAAGUGGACGGCCCCAGAGGCCCUCAACUAUGGGCACUACACCUCGCAGAGCGAUGUGUGGAGUUUCGGGGUUCUCCUAUGGGAGACCUUCUCCAGAGGAAUGGUUCCCUACACCAGCAUGACCAACCAGCAGACGAGGGAUGAAGUGGAUAAAGGAUACCAGAUGCCCAUACCUCAUGGUUGCCCCCCUGACAUAUACAGCUUGAUGAAGGAGUGUUGGCAGUACACACCUCAAACACGCCCGUCCUUCGGCCAGCUCAGGUCCCAGCUCAACACCUUGUGCAACACUGUGACCUAGCCUAAGUGCCAUCAUUCAUGUAUUUGACUACUUUUUACAUACAUUUGUAGAAUCAAUGCGCAGCACCACAUCCUCAGUUCCACUUCUACAAACUAGAUAAUGCAUUCAAAAGUACCAUCAAUCAGUUGUAGGGCUGUAUUGGCAGAGACCUGAAUGAUGCAGCCCCUUUGUCACUGGUCACAGACUCUCACCUCGGACCGUCGUUGAUUUGCACAAAAGGGACUGUAAUGUUAAAAUGACAAUCACACUUCAAUGACACACUUUACACCUCUGAAAUGUUGGUCUCAACAGUUGAACAGGAAGGUGAACCGAGGAAGACUCUGAAAUUAUCAUUAAAAGUUGUGUUCAUGAAAAUAGAGUUCUAAACAGCUUUUAAUGUCAUGUUUGAUAUGAUUUUGUUUCUUAUUUUAUGUAUUACAUUCUAGGAAUACUUUUAAUGUUGUAACAUGUAUAUUUACAGAGUUUGUGCAUGCAGUAGUCAAACAUGUGUUUACAUAUUCCCUUGUCUUGCGAAGGCAUCAGACUUGGUCUACUGCAGCCUUGAGUAAUGAUGAGUGAUGGUCCAAUUUGAAUUUGUAUGUGACAACCUUUCUUUCAUAUGACCGGUGUCCCCAGUUUUAGUAUGCAGGUUUUGGUGUAUAUAUGGAAAACAUUUACCAAUCACUUUGAGUUCUUGUUUACUAUACAAGCUCUGGUGCACUAGGCGCCUAGUUUCAUUAUGAAUACCUUUUGAUUACCUACGAUUGCUCUGAAGGUAUGUUUUGUAUUUGAUUAUGUUUCAUUAUAAUUGUAUUGAUUAUCUUACUAUUUAGAUAAUAAACUAUCAUUCUGCAUUUACAGU